UGAGACAAAACUAUUAUUUUUUAUAUUUAGCUUCGUUUGAAGAGAGCACUCUUGCUAAGGUUGAACUUGUUUUGAGCCAAAAUCCUAGUUCUUUGCCAAGAACCAAAACUAUUUCAAAUUUUGUCAGUUUUACUUCUGCUUUCAGGUAAAAAAAACUUGUUCUUCAGCGUGUUUGCCGUCCCAAGAAACAUAGAUAUUGAUAUUAUCGGUGUUAAAAUGGACCAACAGAAUAAUAAUUCUGAUAAAAUUAAAUUCAAAGUGAAAUUUUUCGGUCAAUAUCAUGACAUUGUCAUUGAUAGGAAUGAUGAUAAAUAUAUUUACAAAACGCAACAAUUAUUCCAACAGCUUGCGUUGAUAACUGGAAUACCAAGCAAAUAUACGAGCUACGUAAAGCUGUUUGGAGCUGAACCAGAUGAAGAAGAUUGGAGGACAUAUCAUUUGAUACGAAACGACGCACCCUUGAUCAGUGACGGUCAACCUCAUUGGCCUAUCGAAGGAGGCCUUCGUGCAUUUGAUAAUGCUGUACCUCGUUAUCAUCUCUCUUUUGAGGCUGGUUUUUGUAAUGUUAUUACCCGAAAUAUUCUUAUCUCUUACGGACUAAUACCUGAAAGCGAGGUUCCAGAAGGCGUUUGUAGCAGAUUUUUUUGUCAAUAUAAAUAUACUAAAAGUUUCUUCGACAAGAUAAAAAUGGCUAUUUAUAAUGAGGAAUUGAAUUCAAAAAUUAGGCUUUUAGAUUUUAGGACAUUGGGACUUUGGCCCUGGUUUGACGAACAUUUAAAGGUUUAUAAAGAGUUCAAUGUUGAACAGUACAUUGGUUGCCAUGCUCCUUGUUUUCAUCAAUUUGAUCGAGCAAGACGAGUUUAUGGAAUCGAAAGAUUAGCAUGUUACAAUAGAAAUCGAGGUUAAUUAUAUGAAUUUGAUUAACUAUUAGAAUCACAUAAAUGAAUGAAUUUCAAAUUAUGUAAUUCCUGUAAAAAUUCAUUCAUGAAACAUUGAAGUGAAUUUGGCUUUGAAUGAAUGCAUUAGAAAAAUCAUAACAAUAA